CGGCCCCGGGGUGGACGCCGCGCGGCCCGCCGUCGUCCGAAGGGCCACCAGCCAGGAGGCUCCUGACAACUGCCCAAGCCAAGCAGAUGGCAUCGCGUCAAGGCUGUCCCUGAAGUUCACUCUUGGGACGGUCCCGGGGAGGGAGGAGGCGCCGGACAGCGGCUGAGAAUCCUCCCUUGGGUGAGAGGACGCCAACUCAGCCCACGGAAACAGCGUUAAAGUCCUGAUGGACGUCUGGUUGACGUAACUGACGAUGAGCGCCCAGCGCCAGGGAGCACCGAGACGGUGCUCUGAACUGGUUUCUGCCUGCUGCCAGGCGGGUACGUCCGGCUUUGCCAGAGCCGGCAAGCAGGAGGAGACAGUGCGCGUGCGCACCUCGGGCGCCUUUGUAAUUUAGGAAACAGCCAAUCAGCGGUCCGGGUGGGAACCAAUGGGAGGCGCGGAUGGGCUGGUCCGGCUAAUUUGAAAGCUCGCGGAGGUUGGCGCGGGCGGAGAUCCGGUGUGGGGCGCGCUCUCCGGUGGGAGAGGGCUCCCGUCUGCGCCGUGAGACCCGCGAGCGAGUGUCGACACCGGCGGCGGGGAACCGACGAAAGGUGUUCCUGGGAAGAUGGCGGUGGAGGACAGCACGGUGCAGGUGGUGGUCCGAGUGAGGCCCCCCAACCCUCGGGAGUUGGAGAGUCAACGGCGCCCGGUGGUUCAGGUGGUGGACGAACGGGUGCUGGUGUUUGAUCCUGAGGAGCCCGAGGUGGGGUUCCCAGGCCUGAAAUUAAGCAGCACCCAUGACGGCCCCAAGAAGAAGGGCAAAGACCUGACAUUUGUCUUUGACCGCAUCUUUGGUGAGGGGGCCACCCAGCAGGACGUGUUCCAGCACACCACCCACAGCAUCCUGGACAGCUUCCUCCAGGGCUACAACUGCUCAGUGUUUGCCUACGGGGCCACUGGGGCUGGGAAGACACAUACCAUGCUGGGAAAGGAGCGGGACCCCGGCAUCAUGUACCUGACCACCAUGGAGCUGUACCGACGGCUAGAGGCCCGCCAGGAAGAGAGGCAGUUUGAGGUGCUCAUCAGCUACCAGGAGGUGUACAAUGAGCAGAUCCACGACCUCCUGGAGCCCAAGGGGCCCCUCGCCAUUCGGGAGGACCCCGACAAGGGCGUGGUGGUCCCAGGACUUUCUUUCCACCAGCCAACCUCAGCCGAGCAGCUGCUGGAGAUGCUGACCAGGGGCAACCGUAACCGCACGCAGCACCCCACUGAUGCCAAUGCCACUUCCUCCCGCUCCCAUGCCAUCUUCCAGAUCUUUGUGAAGCAGCAGGACCGGGUUCCCGGACUGACCCAGGCCCUUCAGGUGGCCAAGAUGAGCCUGAUUGACCUGGCUGGCUCAGAGCGGGCGUCCAACACCUGUGCAAAGGGGGAGCGGCUACGGGAAGGUGCCAACAUCAACCGCUCCCUGCUGGCCCUCAUCAACGUCCUCAAUGCCCUGGCCGACGCAAAGGGCCGCAAGUCUCACGUGCCCUACCGGGACAGCAAGCUGACACGCCUGCUCAAGGACUCCAUCGGUGGCAACUGCCGCACAGUGAUGAUCGCUGCUGUCAGCCCCUCCAGCCUGGCCUACGAGGACACCUACAACACCCUCAAGUAUGCUGACCGCGCCAAGGAGAUUCGACUCACGCUGAAGAGCAAUGUGGUCAGCCUAGACUGUCACCUCAGCCAGUACGCCACCAUCUGCCAGAAGCUCCAGGCCGAGGUGGCCGCUCUGAGAAAGAAGCUCCAAGUGUAUGAGGCGGGAGCCCGGGCCUCACAACAUUCCCUCCCAGCAUCCUCUGCACCCGGCACACCACAGCACUCCCCCGUGCCCCCCCACUCCCCCAAGCAGUCCUGCCCCCAAGAGUUCCACAAGGGGUCUGCAGCCCUUCAAGAUGAGAGCCUGGAGACAGAAGCCCAGGAGGAGAGGGCGGGGGAAGGGCAGGAGCGGCCCUCAAAGGACAAGGACGAAGGCCCAGCCAAGGAGCUUCCAAGCCAGGUGCCAGAGCGGAGCUUCGGACACCCCCUACCGGAGUCCCCCAGCCUGAUCCUGCAGCCCAGGCCGGCCGUGGGCCACCUCUCACCACAGAAACCAGACAGAGGUGGUUCUCAGCGGUUGGCCCUGCAGGUGCUGCGCCUGGCCCAGCGGCAGUACUCCCUGCUCCAGGCAGCCAACCUUCUGACCCCUGACAUGAUCACUGAGUUUGAGAGGCUGCAGCGGCUGGUGCAGGAGGAAAAGACAGAGCCUGGGACCUACACUUCCAGGGCUCCCAGCCUGGACAGGGAGGUACCUCUGCCUCAGGCGCUGUGCUCAGAGUUAGAGUCUCCAGGAUAUUCUGGCCCUGUGACCCGGACCAUGGCAAGGCAAUGGGGCGGCCUCAUGCACACACUGGGGAUCCCAUCCAGGCCUGACUGCACCCCAACCCAAGCAUCCCGGGGACCCGCAGAGAAGAAGAAGAGGAGGAGACCAAGUCCCUCAGAGCCAGACAGUGCCCCAGCCCCAAAGCUGGAGACCAAGCGCCAGCGCCAGUCCUUUCUGCCCUGCCCUAGGAGGGGGUCUCUGCCUAAGGCCCAGCCUUCGUUCGGACCCAGCACCCCGAAAGAGCAAAGGGCCUCCUCCCCCUGCCAUUCCCCUCGCUUCUGCCCAGCCACGGUCAUCAAAAGCCGGGUGCCCUUGGGUCCUUCCGCCCUGCAGAACUGCUCCACCCCCUUGGCCCUACCUGCUCGGGACCUCAACGUCACCUUUGAUCUCUCUGAGGAGCCCUCCUCACAACUUGAUUUCCAUGAAUACACUGGCUGGGAAAAAGUCCCCCCAGAACUGAAGAGGCUGGACCAGCCAUUCAUUCCCAGUGCACCUGAGCUGCCGUUCCCCAUGAAGGGCCCCAAGCCCGUGUCCUCCCUCCCUGGGACCUCAGCCUGCAAGAAGAGGCGCACUGUGAGUUCCUCAGCCUCCCGGGGCCGCAGCCGCAUUGCCCGCCUCCCUAGCAGCACCUUGAAGAAGCCAGCUGGGCCCCUUGCAAUCCCAGAACCACCCUUGAGCCCCCGCUGCCCUGGCGACCAGAGGAGCCAAAAGGAACUCACUGGGUUUGGGGGAGUGCUGUCAGCCGGGAGCUGCAUCGCCAAGGUGUCCUGACCACCAGGCCGCCUUGACCCACCAGCUUCUCUAGACUGGACGGCCCUGCUUGUCCCUGGGGCCACCUGUACCAGAGCCCCGUCUGCCUUCUUCACCUGGAAGAAAUCGAUGCCCACGCCUUUCUUUCAUUAACAGCCCUCCCCGCCAAGCCCUUCCCGCUGCUGCUCACCCUGCAAUCCCUUGUCACACUCAGCUUCUCAGUGAGCACAUACUUGUUGGUGAGUGUUAAUGUGUUGCUAUUUUAAAGGGUGCUACCAUGCCCCCCUCCCCACCACCCCUCUCUGACGCCCUUGGUGCAGGCGGGUAGCUCUUUGAGUUUCUUCCUCCACCCCCAGCGUCGAACAGCACUCUGUACAGAGAUGGCCGCUUCACGGUGGCCAAAGGAUGAGCUUGCGCUGGGGGUGUGGUGAGGAGUCCCAGCCUGGCUGCUCUUGGUUUCUGAAAGAUGGGGUGACUUCCGCCCCACUCCCCCCAGCCUGGAGCAGGAGCCCCAGCCCCUGCUGCUGUCCUGGCCGUGAUGCAGCUCCUGAUGGUGCCUUGGUUCCCAGUCAGAGAUAGCUUUAUUGUUUCACUCAUUGUCAAAGGAAUCUACAUUCGGUGUAGAAAGAAAGCAAAAAGAAAAAGAAAAAGGAAGAAGUCAGCCUUGACUUAGACCUCGCUACAAAUGCUGUUAAUGCUCGGGUGUGUGUGUUCUGAGCUUGUACUUCAGCGCGUCUGUGUGCAUAUGCGUGCACAGGUGGAGUUUUUAUUAUAAUGACUAAUAAACCUUCUCCGUCCUC